GGCGGAGACAUGCUCAGGGGCGGUGUCCCUGGUGCUAGUGGGCGGAGCUCUGUCGGUAAUGGCCGAGCUGCUCCUGCUCCCUGCUGACUUUGGGGACCGGGAUUCGCAGCGCUGCCGUCUUGGGCCACGGGUCUUAACCGCUCUGGGCCUCAGCCUGGGUGCACCACUGCGGGUCUGUUUACCGGGAGGCUCAGCUCUGUGCUCUGCUUGGCCACGGGCGGACCGGGCCGAGGGCUUCUUGCAGCUCGACUGCAAAUGCGUGAGUCCGGGGCUGUUAGAGAGACCUUGCCGGGGCCUGAGCUUGGGCCUCGGGCACCUAGAGCCCCUCUCCUGUGUUAAACUGAGGCGGGUCCGGGUGCGGGCUGUUCAGUCACAUGGACCCGGGCCCGGGCCGGUGGUGGCACAGCUGCUGCUGAAGGAGCUGCUGAGGGGGUUGUUCCUCUGCCCGGGGUUUGUGGUUACGGUAGAGCCGGAGGCCGCGGCCUGGCCUGGGUUGUUCCUGCUGGAUGUGGCCGCAGUAGAGCCGGAGCUGUGUCCCGGCAGCGUUGGCGUCCUGGGCCCCGGGACCCAGCUGGAGGUGGCGGAGCGGCUGAACCUGGAGCAGUUCCGAGCCCGAGGAAGGGGCCUGGACCUGGGCAGCCUGCAGCUGUCUGCUGCCCCGCUCCAGGAGAUGCUGAACCUUCCGCUUCGUUUCCCGCGGGCCCUGAACCGCCUCGGUCUGCCGUGCCCCCGGGGUUUACUGUUACUUGGGCCUCCGGGGGUGGGGAAAACGGCGCUGCUGCGCGCCGUGUCCCAGGAUUUGGCCGCUCCACUGAUCCUCGCCUCCCCCGCUACCCUCCGGGGCUCCCGGCCGGGGGAGAGCGAGCAGAGGCUGCGCUGUCUCUUCGCCCAGGCCGAAGCCCAGGCUCGGGCCGGGCCCUGCAUCGUCUUCAUCGACGACAUUGAGUCGCUGUUCCCCCGGAGGGCGGCGGCUGGGAGCCGGCCUGAGGACCGCCUGGUGGCCCAGCUCCUUACUCUGAUGGAUGGCCUGGAGCCUCGCACUCGCCUUGUCGUGGUAGCCGCCAGCAGCAGCCCCGAAGCCUUGGAACCCGCAUUGAGGCGACCCGGCCGCUUUGACCGAGAGGUUGUAAUCGGGGUUCCAACGACGUCGCAGCGCCGAUCCAUUCUGGAAGUAGUCACCUCAUCAAUGCCUCUUGGGGCUGAUGUUGAUCUGUCCUGGCUGGCAGAAGCUACAAGUGGUUACGUUGGUGCUGAUCUGACAGCCCUUUGUCGAGAGGCUGCUCUGCAGGUUGUGAGGCGCAGCUCUCAGGACGCAAUGAGCAAGAAAAUCACCUUUGCAGACUUCUGUGAAGCAAUGAAGAUUGUGCAGCCUUCCUGUCUGAGAAGCAGCAUCGGGCUUACUGGCUUCAAACCUGUCCAUUGGGAUCAAAUUGGUGGCCUGGAACAAGUCAAACUGAAAUUGAGACAGAGUAUUGAGUGGCCAAUGCUAUACCCGCAGGCAUUUGAGAGGAUGGGGGUGACCCCCACUCGUGGAAUUCUGCUGUAUGGACCCCCAGGGUGUGCAAAGACCACGCUGGUGAAAGCUGCAGCCUCCAGCUGCCGCUGUCCUUUCCUGUCGAUCAGUGGGGCAGAUCUCUUUUCACCGUUUGUAGGGGAUUCUGAAAAGAUUCUGGCUCAGGUUUUUCAGCAAGCUCGAGCUGUAGCUCCAUCCAUCCUGUUCCUGGAUGAAAUUGAUUCCAUCCUUGGAUCACGUUCACUUGAUGAAGCAAGUUGCCGUUCUGUUAAAGAGCGGGUACUCUCUGUUCUUCUUAAUGAGAUGGAUGGAAUUGGGCAGCCACUGAUUGGGAGGAGACACGCAGAAAGGAAAGUACCUGCAUCUGAAGGAAAUCAAAUGGAACAGACAAAAAAGUUUCAGGAGAUUUAUAACAAAGAUGUGAUCGUAGUGGCAGCUACAAAUCGGCCAGACCUAAUCGAUGAUGCUUUGUUGCGACCUGGAAGAUUUGAUCAAAUCAUCUCUGUCCCAUCUCCGGAUGCAAAUACCAGACUUUCGAUACUAAGGAUUUGUACUUCCAAAACUCCACUGGAUGAUGUAUUGUUGGAGAGGCUGGCAGCUGAGACAGCUGGCUUUACUGGAGCAGAUAUACAAAAUUUAUGCAAAGAGGCUGCUUUGCUGGCUCUUCAAGAAAAUGGACUGGAUGUUGCAACUGUGAAACAUGAGCACUUUCUCAAAUGUCUUCAGAGUUUAAAACCCUCUUUAAGUGGCCAGCAGUUACACUUCUAUCACCAUUUAUUUUCUACCGUGGCUCAGGAAUAACGUGAUUUUCACUACAAUCAAGAAGUAGCUACUAAUUCCACAAGGCUGAAGAACCAAAAUAGGUAGAAAUGUAAUUAUAUUAUGUAAAUGCAUAUUUCCUUUUAAUAGAGUCUCUUGAACAUCAAUAAA